CCUCCUCCUCGCCCUCCUCUCUCUACCUCAUAGACGAUCGCGUAGAGUUGGCAGCGAUGGACGAAGCAGCCCGUCGCGCCCUCAUAGAGCAGGGCAGCGAGGAUGCCGUGACUGUCAAUCAGCGGGCACUCGUUGAUAAGCUGUUGGCGAGAUAUGCUUCCGAGUUUACCGUCUUUCGAGAGUUGAUACAGAAUGCUGACGACGCAAAUGCAUCGUGCUGCCAACUCAAGCUCGAGUCGGUCGGCUACUCACCCUCGUCGCCAUCGCCCACGCCGCUCCCCAACCUUCGCGCUCCCCUCUCCAAAUGGAUCUGGCGAAACGAUGGCUGGCCAUUCCGCGACCAAGACUGGGCUCGCCUACGACGUAUCGCUGAGGGAAACCCAGACCCAGACCGCAUCGGUGCAUUCGGCGUGGGCUUCUACUCCCUCUUCUCCAUCUGCGACGAGCCAGUCGUAGCGAGUGGGGACGAGUUAAUGGGCUUCUUCUGGAAGAACGGAGGGGAUUCCCUCUUCACGCGCAGGGCAAAGAACCCGGGGAGCGAUGAGGAGAAGGCACCGAGUGGCAAUGGGUGGACGAGCUUCUUCAUGACGCUGAGAGAACCAGCACCUCUACCGGACUCGGUACUCUCCCUCGCACGCUUCUUGGCCACAUCACUCACUUUUACGUCAAAAGUCCGCACCGUCGAGCUCUGGUUGGAUGGUGUACGGCUUUGUCGCGUCGCCAAGUCGUUGGAGAGCACGCCGAGGCCCAUGGUCAUGCCUGCGCACCUGAACGCCUACUCCCCCGAGAAAAUGAUGCGCGUCGAACGGCUAGAGGGGCAAGCGAUGCAGAUCGACGUCGAGGCAUUGGCGCUCGUGUGGGAAGGAGAGAGGGAGAGGAUACGCGCAGAGAAGGAACAAGCGGCAAGACCAAGCUUGACGGCUGCACUCACUAAAAGUGGCGGCCUUUCCAGCAUGCUACAGAGCGCUUUCGGCCGGAGCAGCAAGGCCAGCGCAUCUACACCCGCCAAGAGUCCCGCGUCCACGGGUCCGUCUGCCGCCGAGGAUCACGCAGCUCUCACCGCCCGCCUCCUCACAUCUCACUCGGCCACCGCCCACUUACAAAUCGCCACGGCGCACCUCGCCGUAUCAGUAGACAACGCCUUCAAGCGGGAAAUCGAGCGAUCCACCAAGAAGCCCCCUCCCGUGCGCACCGCAUUCCACAUCGUCUUUGCCAACCAGCAAGACUACGCUGCCUCUCAAGCCGCGCUCGCGCAUAGCGGAGAGGACGUCGUGGGCCCCGCCCUGCUCUUCGAGGGCGUCAUGCCCAAGCUGGACAGGAUGGGACACGUCUUCAUCGGGUUCAGGACGCAUCAGACUACAGGAUUUGCAGGGCACGUAGCGGCGCGCUUCCUCCCCACCGUAGAGCGGGAGAGCAUAGAUUUCGUAGACCGCUAUUGCGCGCGUUGGAACAUGGAGCUUCUAGCCGUGGGCGGCUACGUGUGUCGCGCCGUGUACGAGGGAGAGAUGGAAGCGCUGCGCAAGGCGUGGGUGGGCGGGCGCGGCGGGGAAGACGACGCGCAAAAUCAGGCGCUGUUGGCGCGUGCUCUGCACACCAUGCGCUUCUUCACCAUGCGCGACUCCUCGCCUUCACAGCGGGUCAGCAGCACGUUUCUCUCCACCUUUUUCUCCUCGUCGCGCCAAGCACUUCUCACCCUCGCCUCGACGCAAGGAAUCAAGACCUCCUCGCAGGUGCGGCUGCCCAACGCCGUGCUACUCGAGUUCGUCAAGAAGCUGGCCAUCGUCCCGCCAGGCCAUAUAGAGGAGGCGAGCGACUUCUUUGAUCAAGUGAGAGCGCGCGGCCUCGUCAAGGACGUGACGCUCGAAGACGUCUUUGGCGAGCUGGCGUCGCGUGCCCUCAGCGUGGAGGAGAUGGUCGCGUGUCUCCGCUGGUGGAUCAACGUCAGCGCCCAUCCCGGAUACGAUGCAAGAUUGCGCGCCCGUCUGAUAGAUUCGGCCGUCCUCACCACGUCGAGCGGUUCCGUCCAGCCCCUCGCGGGCGUAAAGCACUUCCUCAACCCGCAGCGCGUCCCGUCGGAUGUCCCCCUGCCCGUCUCCUGCCUCGCCUACGAAGUCUCCAAAUCCUUCUCCGGCUCGGAGCUGACAGGAGUGUACGGCUGGACCGAACUGUCCCUCCCGGCGUGGCUGGCCCAUCUCGCCACCAUCAGCUCGACCGAAGCGUGCAAGGCGGAGGAGAAUGUGCAACUCAGCCCUACCUUUGCCGAACGAGUGCUAGGCAUAGUCUCCCGCUCGUGGGGCAAUCUCUCUGCCUCACAACAGGGCGAGGCCACUACCAUCCUCCAGGGCCUCUCCUGCGUCCCCACGCGCAAGGGAAUGCUACCUCCGCAGCAAGCAUACUUUAGCUCCGUCUCCCUCUUCGAAGAUCUCGCCAUUGUCGCCCUCCCCACGACACCUGCCAUUCGCGGGAACCUCGAGAAGCUCCUCGUAGCGCUAGGCGUGCGCCGCCAUGUAGAUCUACAACUCAUCUUCACGCGUCUGGUCGGCGGAGGGGAUUGGAGUCAUGUGGACCUCCUGACAUACCUCGCCGCCAAUCGCGAGAGUCUCAGUACAGUCGAGGUGGAUCGACUAAGGAAGACGCCCAUCUGGCCACGCGAGGGGGAGGCAACUCUGCCAGCCAAGGAAGGUGCAGCCAAUGCCAAGCCCAAGGUAGUGCGUCAUCGCGCCGCCCAGCUGUACGAACCGCUCGAGCCUCUACGCGCGCUCGGCCUGCCCUUGCUGGACUGGACCGGCUCGACGACGAAGCCCUGGCGGAGCGGGAGUGACGAGGCCAAAUUCGCCUUCGACCUCGGGCUGCGUCGCCAUCCGCCCCUCGAGGAGAUUCUAGCCCUCGCCGCGCGCAACGAUGAGGUGGGGGCAAAGGCACUCGCCUACUUCUUUGAGAGAGGCCACUAUCGCGACUCGUACAGCCUUGCCAAGGGCAGGGAUCACGCAUUUGUCCCCUGCGAGGUCGGCGGGGAGACCCGUAAGAUGAAGUCGACGGACGUGUUCACCAAUCGCGAGGCGGGUUUGAUGGGAUUCGCCGUCGUGGCCAGCAGCCUCUCCCCUCAGGAUGUGGCGAAGCUACAGCUCCGCGCGGAUCCGCCUUCGGAGCUCCUCGUCUCGCGCCUGGUCAACGACCCGCCACGCAGCGUCGAGCAGGCACGCAGCGUCUUUGAGUAUCUCGCGAGCGUGUCCUCCCACUUCACCAGCCACGACAUCAGCGUGCUUAGACAGGCGGCCUUCGUCCCCGUCCUCCCCAGCACGACGCCCUCCUCCGCAGGCAAAGAGCAGGCGCUGUCGCCGGCGCCGCGCCUCGUAGCUCCCACGUCCUGCUACUUUGGCGGAAAUGACACCGUCGAGGCAUUCCGAUCCGUCUUCCUGUACGUCCCUCCGUCGCUUGGAGCGAAGGCCAACGCCUUCCUUCGCCUGGUCGGGGUGAGCGACGAGCCCAGCAUCGAGGAGGUGGCCACCCGCCUCGUGAGCGAUCCGGCCCGCUUCUAUGCGCUGAGCGGAUCGACGGAGGCGUACUUGGGGCUGUUGAGGCAGGUGGCGACGAAUUGGGGUAGGAUCAGGGGACCCUUAAGGGCGAAGAUGAAGGCAAGCGCUUUCCUGCUCGGCUCGAAGCGCGUCCAGAACGGAGCCAGCAACGGUGGCGGCGGCGGCGGCGGGGCUACGAAGAAUCUGCUCGAGAAGGAGGACGAGGAGGAUGCGGACGACUCGGGCAUGCUGGUCCACUCCCUCCGACGACCAGCGGAGAUAGUGAUAGUGGACGACGCCAACGCUGGCAUGAUCUUCGGUUCUUCCCUCUUCUUUGCGCCGCACGAGGAUUUGCUCGAGCAGGGACUCUACGCUCAGUUGGGCUCGCCGCGCCUUUCUCAGCUCAUCGAGGAGAAGUACCAGACUGCCGGCGCGAUACAAGCGGAUACGAAGCGGGCUUUAGAGGUGAAAGCGCUCGUGCUGGAGCGUACGCCGUUGUUCCUCUUCGAGUGCAGGCAGAGCGGGAAUCGAGGGGAGAUCCGGCGCGACGCAGAGUGGCUGAAGGGGGCUUUGGACGUCGUGGAAGUCGGAGGUGAGGGGUUGCGCCUUUCCCGGACUCUUCGCUUCCUCGGGGCCAUGGAGACGGACGUGCAACGCUGCUCCGCCAUGGCUCGUAGCGAGGGGCGUCGUCUCACGCUCUACGUCGCGAGCAACAUGCAUCUCGAUUGGUUCGAGGUGGCCUCCUCGCUCAACAAGUUCCUCCUCUCUCGACAACGCCUACAGGAAGUGCUCCUCUUCAUGACCCUCCUCUCUACCUCGCUGCGCGACCUUAAACGUCGCGGAUUCCACGUCGAUAAGAUCUUGCAGCAGAGAAAGGCGGAACGCGCGGAGAAGGAGAGGGAGAGGAUGGAGGAGCAGCGUCGUGCGCAGAUGGAGGCGCUCAGUCGUCCUAGUGAGAAGGAGGUUGAAGAGUGGAAGAAGCAGGUGUUGCAGAUGUUCCCCGAUGCGGAGCCAGGCGCUGUGGAGGAGGCGUUGCGCAGGCACAAGGGGUUGGAAGGGGCGACCAACGAUAUGCUCACGAGGGGGUACGUGAAAAAGGCGAAGCCAGGCGCGGGCGCCAACGCGGGGGCCGUAGAGAAGUACGGAAACGGUGGCAGCGGCGGCAGCGGCGAAGCGCUCGGAGGCGAAGGCAACUCGCCGGUGCUGGGUGGUCGCGAGCCUACGAUGCCUGGCGGCUUCUUCUCUGGCUUCAGACAACGCUUCACGCGCAACGCGAGCGGCCCCUCCUCCCUCGCAUCCGGCACAUCUUCGCUCAUUCGUGGACCUCAAGGCCACGGCGGCGGCGUCGUGCCCACAGACCUCGACGCGGGGCCGAGCAGCGGUAGCGCCUCCAAUCCUGCAACGCAAGCAGAACAGCCCUCCUCACUCUCCUCGAUCCGCCGCAACGUCCUCGGCGCCGUAUCCGCCUCACGACCGGACUCGUCCACGUCCAUGCACUCCGAGCAGCGCCACGGCGUCAAAGAGGCAGAGAGCAGCUACUGUGAUCCCACAUCGGGCGUGGCGGCCGACCUGGCGCUUGCGGGCGAAGUGGCGGGGAUGCGCGUCUUCCUGAGUCCGGAGCUCGAUCCGGCCAAGGCCUUGCAUGAGAAUCGCGCGAAGCUGGACGAGCUGAUCAGACUUGUGUACCGGCCCGUGGGUGCCAUCUACGGUCUAGAUCCCUCGAGUCUGCAGGCAUUCAUCGACACGCGUGGCCCCACAAUCGCCUUCAACCGGGGCGGCACCAUCUGGCUCAACUAUCGCUUCGCCGCCGCCUGGUUCUGGGACGAGGCUGGCAAGCUCCAAGUCAAGGACGCUCUCAUCUCCACCUUCUUCACCAUGGCACACGAGCUCGCACACAACAAGGUCACGGAGCAUGGGAGCGCGCACGAGUUUUGGUCGUCAGCCCUCGCCGAGCACUUCUUCUUGGCGUUGGCCAAGUAUGUUGAGGGUGUAGAGGGGUAGUGGCGCGAGGAGCGUUUACAUUUUGUUCACUGGGUGAGAGGAGCGUGCUAAUACAGAGGCGUAUCGUUUCGAGCGUAAAGCUUCUGGGCUGGGUGGUAGUUG